UAUGGAAUUUUGGUUGUCAAAUUGCAGACCAAACUGUCCUACUAAUAAAUUAACUAUAACAUUUAAAAAAGAAUACGACGUUGUAGAAAUUUGUCUAUUUUCGCCUUUUGGACAAAAAAAACAUAAAGCACCAACAAUAGAAUUUAUUUUGAAUGGUCAAGAAUCUUACACCGAAGAAUCGGAUUUAGAAGAGAGAAUUGAAUACAUUUCAGAAGAUAUUAGUGACCUGGAAUAUUUAACUGAUAUUGCUCUUUUAGAAAAUGGAGCUGAUUGUAGUGCAACAUCUCAAGUUACCAAUUUGUUUAGAUGUCAACUAGCGUUAGAUUUAAUAAGUGGCAUACAAGAAGCAAAUCAAGAAUGGUCAGCUGAUUGCAGUGGGAAUAAUUGUAUUGGACAGUAUAUUAACAUAUCUUUCAAGAUUUAUGGAAAUCCAGUUAGAUACUGUUUUAUGAACAGGCUAUGGUCUAUAAAAUAUAUUACUAAGGUCAAGGUCAAAUGGACUUCUGGUUUAGAGAAAUUCAUUAAUUUAGAAAAAAAUACUCAUCAACAAUGUUUUGAAUACAGCAAUGGUUACAUAGAAACUGGAAUACAUGUUGAAGUUGUUGAAAUUGCCAGCUCACAGAAUAUUGGAUUUAGCAGUGUACAAGUAUUCAUAAAAGGUAUAUGCCAACCAUUUUGUAUAUACUCAAGUCAUAGGGAAAUUUAUGUAAAGAAAUGA